UUGAUGAGAACUGUUAGAACGCACGUCACUCAUCGUCUUUCUCUUCUUUUCUUCUCUCUCGUCGUCGUCUGUUGUUUGAUGUUGUUCUUCUUCGUGUAUCGUUGUUGUUGUUAAUAGACUAAACAUAACCGAGAGAUCUCUUCUCUUCUUUUGAAAGAUUGCCGCCGGUGCGGUCACUGCACCACGGCGCCAGUGGACGCCUGCCUUUAAGGCGUUUCUUUGUAUUUAGAAAUAGCACUAUUUGUAUGAAGCUUGCUUACUCAUUAGUCAACUAAACUAGUUUUCAGACGUUCAGACAAUCUAAAAGAUAAAGUCGAAAGACGAAAAGUUUCAAUACUGAAGACAAUUUUUCAGGUUUCAAAAUGCACUUCCUUGUUAAAUGGACAAUGGAGGAUGCGUACCUGGACUCAUAGAAAUAAAAGACAUUGAAACAAAACUUCAAAAAUGCAACAAGGCUGUUGUGAUAUGUAUGGACUGAGUGUCGAGAAGUCUAUGAUGAUGCGAAUGAGCUCUGACAUGAUGGAGCCCAUGGAGCUGAUUCACCAUGGCAGCUCCAACGAACGAGGCUCUCCCUUGGAGAGCCAGACCUGUUCUGGUGAUGAAGACAGUUGUGAAAAUCAAAACAGAAGCCCUCCAACAAGUUGCGAAAACAGCACGAUGGAAGAGUCUAAAACUAAAAAGCGACGUAAACAAAGUAACCCUUUGCGAUACCAAACAACACCUGUGAUGCCUUUGUUAGAAAACGAAGAUGGUAACGCCAGCGUGGACGACGGGCACAGUGAUGAGGUGCUGGAUUUGCAAACGAAAUCCACCGACAACAAGCCUGAAGAAAACCGGGUUUGCAUAUACCGCUGUCAUCACUGCCCGAGUGGGUUUGAAAGCGAAGACCAGCUGAGGGUUCACGUGGAGGAAGAGCAUGUUCAAAAAGCGUUGGAAAGGCAGCUCCAGCAGCAAUCUUACAACAAAGCUACCUCAAAUAAUAGCAGGGAAGGGAGUAACGAACCAGCCAAAGAAAACUCAUCCAAAGCCAGUGAUAUUGCACUUCAGCAAAUAGUUCCGCUUGACCAAACCAGAAACAGUCCUUCCGAAGGACUUCUUCAAGACAGUCGGGACUACAAAACUCCACACUUCCCAUUUCCUCCAAUGCCUCCAUUCAUUCCAUUUAGCAGAAACGAUGAUCCAAAAUCUGGGAAUGUACCAGUCCCACUUUCCAUGUUUCCUAAUCCAAUGACUCCAUUCCUUUUUCCAGUCAUUCCUCAAGGCCAGACACCACAAGUUUCUAAUGGCAAUUCACAUUCCACUCAGGGAGUUCGAAUUUUCAACUUAGAAGCUUACUGUGAACUCUGCAAUAAAGAAUUUUGCAACAAAUAUUUUUUGAAAACACACAAAGCAAACAAGCAUGGUAUAUACUCUGUCGAAUCAAUCGUGAGCUCCCCUUACGGUGCUCCAUACUUGUCAACCAGUUUAAAUAGUCCGAUACCUUUACCUCAUAUGCUUCCGACGCCUACUUCAGAAACCAUGCCAUCGCGUACAGGACUUCUGAAUAUGGAAUCUUACUGCGAAAUUUGCCAAAAAGAGUUCUGUAAUAAGUACUUUUUGAAGAAACAUCGCCAGAAAAUUCAUGGAAUAAUUGAACCGGGGCAGAAUAUUUCACCCAGCACUACACCUUCCCAGGACACAAAAAGCAAUUCCCCCAUAAUGACCACAAGCGCCCUCUCAUUGACAUCUGCGCCUAGUUUUACCGAUAAAAGUCCAGAAGAAAACAGAGAUACAUCAGUUUCAAAAAUGGAAUUCCCAUCCAUUUUCAGUCUUCAAAAUCAUAAAUUGAAUAUUCCUAUUUCAUCAUCUUCUGGGAUGAUUCCAAAUUCUUCUUCCAACAUAUGUCCUCCUGUUACAUCUGGUGCCAUUGCCGUCAGUCUCCCAUCCCCAGGACAACAUGUUUCUUCAAGUGAAAAUUCUGUUUCGCAUGUUUUUACGCCGGAGAAACUGCGAGAAAUGGGAGUGAUCAAUGCUGAUGCAUUUUGUGAGUUAUGUUGCAAAGAAUUUUGCAAUAAAUACUUUCUUCGAACCCACAAACUGAAUAAGCAUGGAAUAAACAUGCCAGAAAUUUCACCUUGCAAAACGCAGUCCGGUUCUCUUCCGCCAUCUAGUCAUAAUCAAGGAAGUCAGUCAAAUGAAAAAGGUGAAAUCACUUACGAAGACGGACGAUUGUCAGAGGGAUUACUCAUGGAUCAUACUCAAGGAGCAGCUUCGGAAGGUAUCGGUGGUGAGCUAUCGUGCGACUUUUGUAAUAGACCAUUUUCUAGUCUUUAUUUGUUAAAAAUGCAUAAAUUUUACACUCACAACAUUCCGUACAUCAAAGAAGAAAGCAAAUCCAAGCCUAAUUCACCUUCUGCAGAAAAUACUAAUCAGGAAAAUAAGGAAAAUGAAUUUGUGAAGCCACAUUUACCACUUCCGCUCCCCCCAACUUCGUUGCUUCCAGAUAAUACUCCAACUUCUUUGCAAGAAGAUGCAGCUAGUCAAGAUUUACAAAAGCUUCAAAGUAUGAUUAGGGAGCUGAACGCCUCAGCAGGUUCUGAGAGUAGCAAAAUAAUAUGCAAUCUGUGCAGGCUUGAAUUUGAUAACAAGUAUUUUUUGCGUGCACAUAUGAUGAACGAGCAUGGGGUUCUACCUAACGAAGAUGGUCACGUUCCAGAUCAAAAUAAUGCAGAUUUUGGUCUACAGCUAAAACUGUCAGACAAUGGAGGUGAUUAUCAACGAUUAAAUUACAAUAAUGCACUACCAUCUGUGGACUCAGAAGCGUAUUGUGAAAUCUGCCAAAAAGAAUUUUGUAGCAAGUACUUUCUUAAGACUCAUAAGCAAAAUAUUCAUGGAAUUCCAGUUGAUAUGAGUUCGAAUCCAAAGAAAUCUCUUGCUGAUGAAGUAUGUCAAAUAAAAUCAAUCGUUAACAAUACAUCUAUUGUACCUCCAGGUAACAGCACCAGUGCUCCUAAUGAUAAUGCUCUAACGCCAUCUCUCAAUACUUCAAAUGAACCAUCUAUUUUAUCCCCAUUUUCUUCCGUUAAUUCUCAUAUACCCGUAAUUUCAUCUGGUAAUUCAAAUCCUAUGCAAAUGCAAAAUCACAUCUCUAGUCCUUCAACUCUUGCUUUACCACUGUCAUCAUCAACUCCUCUUGCUGUUUCCCAGUCUUCAUCAAGUGUUAUUACUAAUUCGACUGGAAAUACAGUACUUACUCCAAACUCAUCUCAUUCAAACACCCUCACUCCUACUUCCAAUAUGGUUCAUGCAUCAAAUAUUGGACAUUUGCCUAGCAAUUUAUCUGUUCCAAAAAUGUCACCCAUGACCAGUUUAAAUCUUUCAUCGACUCCUACUUCUACACCUUCUUCUAAUUUAACUAGUAUCGCUCAGAUGACAGUGCAUCCGCCCCAUAUCCCAAGCCUACAUCAUACUCCAACUAACCCCCUAUGCACUCUUGACAAACCUCGAAGUCUAACUGGCCGAAAUUAUUGUAAUAUUUGCAACAAAGAAUUGUGCAACAAAUACUUCAUGAAAACGCACAUGCUAAAAAUGCAUGGAAUCAAUUUGGAUAGUCAACCUCAUGAAGCAGCUCGAAUAAGCACCAUAGGAGGUGUACAGUGCGAUAUUUGCCAGAAAGAGCUUUGCAGUAAGUAUUUUCUUAAGGUUCAUAAGCAAAAUACUCAUGGAAUUUUUGAAGAAGGCUCUCAAAAUAAGGACUUGAGGGAUCAUCCUUCAUUCCUAGAUAAAGAGCAGCCACUUCAAGGCUUGGACUUGAGUGAUCCCAGUGGCAGAUAUUUUAGCCACUAUCCUGAAAUCUGCCCUGUGUGCAAUUGUCGAUUCAAAAGCAUAAAAUGGUUAAAAGCUCAUAUGAUAAGUGACCAUGGCAAUAUACUUAAAGAGAACUUCUCUCAUAAUACUCUUUCUGCGAGCCCCGACAACAAUAACAGUAACAUUGACAACAGUUGCUUAUGCGUUUUGUGUGGUCAAGGAUAUCCAGACAAAGUCGCACUUCAUGUUCACCUGAUCAAGGACCAUCAAUCGCCAUCGGAUGAGAUGGGAGUCGUUGCCAAUAACUCAGGGAUAAAAACGUCAACGGCGGACUCCUCCUCAACGCUGAUGGUUCCAGAACAGGCUAGGGUCAAUGGUACUUCUUCCCCGGGAAGUGCUGCACCACCGAACGGCAAUCAUCCAAGACCUCACCCGAAGCCUCAUGGUGGUGGAGGCAGUCGAAUAUAUCACUGCUCCUUUUGCGUUUACUCCACUCGAUGGCUGUCCAAUCUGUACGCACACGAGAAGAGGCACACUGGAGUGAACACUGAAGGGGAGAAGAAAUUCGUCUGUCGAGUCUGCCAUAGGGCGUAUCGAUACAACCAUUCACUCCAGCGUCAUUUCUUGAGUCACCGAGCCGCUGGUUUAAAUCUGAAAGAUAUGGCCCAGCCCCUGAUUAUGACCUCGCAUUCACCUCAUCACUUGUCUUCACUAAACAGGCCUUGGAAUUCCCACUUCAACAAAAAGGGGAAUGAUCUUGGCCAUCACAAAGGCGUCGGAGGUACCUUAGGGACAUCGAAUAACAAAAUUAAAAGAUACAGAUGCAGCAAGUGCAAUAAAAAGUUCCGUAGCAGGGAGCUGUGCCUGGCCCACAUCCAUGCUGCCCACUCUGGGGGCAAAAGAACCGGCGGUUCGAUGCUCCAGAAGAGCGUCAAGCCGUUCCGCUGCCGAUUCUGUGGUUUCCUGACCCGAGCCUGGAACGUGCUGAGAAUACAUAUCAACAGGCAACACCACAACGACCUCAUCGAGUCGUCGGCAGAAAAGCAGCAAUUCGACAACCUCUCUAACGAGGAAAAGCCUGCUUCUACAGAGGUGUCUUCUGGCACCACCGAACCACCACCCCCGAAUCCAUCGCCUUCGCCCAAGACUGGAGUUUCUGAAGUCUUUCCUGCUGGCUUGCCUCCUCCACCUCCCAAUAGUCCCCACCUCCCCAUGACUUUUGCCAUGCCCCAAAACCCUCCAACUGCUGGUUCCUUCAUCAUGCAACCGUUUCUGCUUGCUCAGCCGGAGUGUGACGGAGUCACCCGGAAUGGUACAUUCGUACCGUCACUAGUCUACCUCCCUGUGUGCCAGAAGGUAUCCCAACCUAUGACUGUAGCGUUCACGCUAACUCCGGCAUGAAUGCGGGGAGGAGAAAAAACUAUUCUGUUACGAUCGCACCUCAUCGUGGCCUAGCUUCGUUGUAAUAUAAUAUUUUCAGUGAGACCGAAGUAUAGAUCCCGAUGAGGGCCCGCGAGCCAUUCCAAGCCGAAAAUCAAAAUGUAUUUGAAAAAGUUUAAAGCCAUUUUAGUAGUAUUUACGUUUUUAUUCAUUGUUACUUUAAUAACUUAUUAUAUAGAUUUAACAAAAAAAAUUUGAAAUGAUUAAUAAUCAAAUAUUGAAAAAAAAGAAAAAAAUCAAAAUGGUUGAAAGUUUUGAACUAUUUGUUCUGCAAUGUGUAUAAGUGUAUUGCAAAGUCAUAUCACUAAGGUUGAACUCCGGUAUUGUAGCUUGCAGAUUUAUUAACAGUGAUUUAACAAAAACACCCAAACAAAAUUAAAAAUAAUAUGUAGUUUAGUACAAGAUUCGAUGAAUUUCUUCUGAAUUCUCCUCGGCCUCCUGCAUGUACGAAAAAUAACAAAAUCAAUCUGGUUGCUGGAAUCAAGGGACUUGCUCAAGUUAUCCUCUACUUGGAUCAACCUGUUGAGUAAUUCGCCGGCUGCAUUCGUCGCUUUGGCUGCGGGUGAUCUGGAUCGGAUAUGACCUAGAACUCUUCGGUGACUGUCCUUCUUCUUACUCAGGGUCUUUUUACAAUAAUAUUGAUAAAAAAAAUAAAUAAUAAAGCGAGAACAAAGUACAAUGUUGCCAUGGAGAAAGAAAGGAAGAUCCCCCAGGUAUUCAGUCGACGAGGAACUAGCUGUUCUGUUGCGUCAUCACCUGUAAAGCCAAGUAUGAUGGAUCGUUGCAAUACGAGGUAAAAUCAAACAGGGCCGGAGUCCCCCCACUGGUAAGGUGAUUUUUGUUGAACAAGUGGGCCUUCUCUUAAAAGAGGAUAUAUAUAAAUAUAUAUAAAAAAAAGAAUUCAAGUUCAUUCCGAGCCUGGAUUUGUUCAGGUUAGUUUAAAGGUUAACAAAAAAAUGAGACUCUUUCAGUUUGUUUUACUCUCCGAACGAGGUGUUCGAAAAACUUGUCCCACUAAUCAAUCAAAAUCAGGAGAGGCUUUUUUAAUAAAACUUCUCAAAUCCAUUCAGGGAGUAAGAUUGUAGACAAUAUUAAUGUAUGCUUCGAGUCUAUUUAUUAUUAAUGAGAAAGAUAUCUUGUAUUAUUCUUAGCUUAGAUGUCACGAUGUAUGUAGAUGUGUAAUUAUUUAUUUGUGUGAAGUAAUUGUAUGCAGGUUUUUAAACCGACUUGGGAAAAAAUUGAUUUUUUUUUAAAGGAAGAGAUGCUCUCCUAUAGACGAUGAUGCAAAAUGCUCAUGUGCUCCUUAAUAAAAAGGCUAGAGUGCAAUAUGAAACUAGUCGAAUUUUGCUUUUUACUAGAUGUAAAAGGCCGGAAAUUGUGCUUUUAAAUAUGUAAAGCAAUAUAUUAUGAAAACUAUUUUUAAAAAAAACUGAAAUAGAUGUAUGCACAAAAAAGCUUAUUUAAAUUUUUUGAUUCUUUUCAUCCGUGGAAAGCUGUUGAAAAUAGCUACAUUAUGAGCUUGAUUUUAAAAACUUCUGCUAUAAAUUAUUUUUAAAAGAACUAAAGCUUUUUUCUUAAAUUGUUACUUUUAAAAAAUAUUUUAAAAUUCCAUUAAUGGUAGAAUGUCUAUCUAUUAUUUGCCCGAAUCAAUGAAAUUGUUUCAUUUAAUUGGAAAACUAAAAUCAAAAACAGUUUUUAAAAAUAUUUUUAUUUGCAGUACAAUGCAAAAUAGUAAUCUGAAAUUAUACUGCACAUGUGCAUAUUGCUUAUCAUCGUCAUAUUUAUCCUCUGUUUAACGACUUUCCUUCAUGUUGUCUGAUGGCCAUUAAACUGCUUUAUAGAGCCCACUCAGAAGAUUGUGGGACCAUCAUAUUUCAGUAAAAGUUAUCAAAAAUUUAAAAAAAAAAAAGUGUGUAUAAAAUCGUGUUUUUAAAAACUCUCUGAGUGGGAAAAAUAUUUAAAAAAAGCAUAUCUAUAAUGCUUUAGUAUAAAAUCAAAAUGUGAAGACUGACUUGUCUUCUUGCACAGUAUUUGAACGGGUAAAAUUAGUAUUGUACACUGUUAAAUCAUAAAUAAUGAAAAACUCGUAAGUGAAUAGUUAGAAUGUCGCUUUUUCAUUGUUUUAAGGAAUGUUGCCUAUAUUGUAAAUAUAAGACUUAGAUGUUUACUUGUGGCCGCACUUUACUGUUUUUUGCCCCCUUUUUUGUUUAUUAGUGAUGUGAUCUUACUCAGAAAAAUCGAAUCUGACCCUCAGAUCAAUUUUACCACAUCCUUUGCCCCAAUCCCCUUGUCCUAGUCGUUAAUUUACUUUUAUUCCUCGAACUUGGUGUAGUAACACUUUCGUAUAAUGACAUCUACGCAUAUGCUUUCAUUAGUUCAUCUUAUAUAGAUGUUAAAAGUGUCCUCCAAAUUAAUUAAUUAUGUUAAGGUCAUUAAUUAAUCGAUUAUUAUUAAUACUAACUUCGUUCAUCAUUAAUAAUAAUCGAUUUAAAGUUCGAAAAUUCUAUUAUUAAGAAUUAUCGGUUAUCAUUAAUAAUUACCGAUUAAUUGCAUUAACUGUAAUGUAUGCAUUAAAGAAGAUUCUUUAAUUUAUGUAAAUUGAAAAUAUCUAAAUUAAGUUAUAAGGAAGAAAUUAUGAUAAAGUAUUAAAACACUCAACAUUUUCCCUUUUCUUAGAGGGAACUUUUCAAAUUUAAAAGUGCUUAACUUUUUCCUUUAAAAAAACUCUCUAUCUGAAAUGGAAAUUAAUUCUAAUUCUAAACGAUAUUUCUAUCUUAAAACCCCAUACCAUUGUAGUACAAAAAAGAAAACUUUAGAUCAUACCAUUUUCGUAUCCAUAUGCAUAAUCUUUUUGUUUUUUAGUUCCUUCAAAUUUCCAUGCCGUUAAGUAUUGAAUUUUAGCACACCUUACGAAGUAUCCCUUUUGUUCUAAAAUACAUCGGAAUCUAUAUCUUUCUUUUCUGUAAUUUCGUGAUGUUACCAUUCUUUCCAAUACCUUGUACCUGUGUGAAUAUGUAAUAAUGAUUAGUCAUAUACGGAAAUGAAACUCAAUCACACACGAAAGAAGAUGCCAUUGUACGGAAGUGUUACUGAACUUAAACCCAUCCCAUCUGCAAAGCAUCACUGAUAACAGCAGAUAUAAUACAGGUAUUUUAUCCGAUGCAUGCUUAGCUUCAUCCUUUUCAAUCAAAAUGGACUAUUAUUGUUGUGCCAUUGCAGAGCAUCAUGUAUUCCCCCAUUUAUAUUAACUUUUUGUACAAAUUGUAUCUGCAGCUUUGAAGUAGUUCCCCUUAAUUUUUUUCCCUUGCUUUUUAUCAUAAUAUCAUGAGCGAAGUCAUUUGUGCAACAAAGUACUUUUUUCCGUUUUCGCUAAUAAUUGUUUUUUUGUGUGCGCAUUUUUAAUAUCUAAAUACUUAAUUUUUUUAAGAAUUAAUGUUAAUUUUUAUCAGAUUAAUAAAAUGAGAUAAGUUGGAAGAUUUUUUUUUCUCUUUAAAAAAAAAUUUCCAUGCUAUGUCAUCAUCAUUUUAUUUUAUUUUAUUUUUGUUUGUACAAUUUGUUAUCUGUAAAGUUAUUAUGUCUAAAAACUUUUAUUUUUAUUAUUUUGUUUUCUUUUUAAAUCGCAAAUAUUUUGCAUUUUCAUGGAUUAUUAUCAGUUUGUUUUUUUUGAAAAUUCACAAAGCAUAUAAAUGCACCACUGUGUGAGGCUGCAUUUCCGGUGUUCAAAAAUCAAAAUCAAUUUGCUCUGGAAUUUGAAAUUUUAUGAAAAUGUUGAAAUUUUUAAGAAAAUUGUUUUUAAGUGUUUUUAUAUUCAUAUUCUUCAAUUAUUAUAAUGCAUAUGAGAAUGAAUUAGUUAACUGUUCAAUUCGAUUCAAAGAUUUUUACAUAAUUCUAUGACUAAAAUGAAUUUAGAAGUUAAGUGAGUAAAUGAUAUGUGUCUCAUGAUUAACUUCUUAAGUUUGUCUUUUGAUGUACUUGCAUGAUUUUGUUAAAAGAAAUAACGUAUCUAUCUUUGCUGCACACUCUUUACUCAUCAUAUAAAUAAGUUCCAUUUAUUAUUUAUUAUAAUCAUUGUUUUGCAUUGUCAGAGUUUUGGUGCGUUUUUUGUUGCUUAUCCAGACAUGGUUGAGAAAUAAUAAUAAUAAAAAAAAACCUGCAUGUUGAAUUGUAUACUAUAUUAUUUUAUUAUUUAAUGCAAUAUAUUCUUAUUUUGUGUAAGUUAUGACAGUUGUAGUUUGUCCUGCACGAAUGCAUAUUCUUAUUUGCAUUUUUUUAGCUUGCUUUUUAGUUUGCUGAAUUUCUUGUACAAAUACAAAGUUCUUUUAUAACAUU